AUGGCGAUGGAUGGUGAUGUUGUUCUUAAGAAUCUCGUUUUGAAACAAAGCGCAUUGAGCGAACUCGAUUUGCCGGUGCAAACAACGUACGGUCAUUUGGGUAGUUUAGUGUUGAAAAUACCGUGGAAGAAUCUAUAUUCAGCGCCUGUUGAAGCUUAUAUAGAUCGAUUGUACUUGUUAGCAGUGCCAAAUAAUUCGGUUCGUUACAAUGCUGAGAGGGAAGAGAAAGCAACUUUUGAAGCGAAGAAAUCGGAAUUGGAAAGAAUUCAAUUGGCGAAGAAACUUGAACAAGAGAAGAAUAAACCGAAAGAUGACAAGACGUUUGCUGAAAAGCUGACAGCACAAAUUGUCAACAAUGUGCAGAUAAAAAUUGGUGACAUUCACAUACGAUACGAAGACAAUUUGUCAUGUGCAAAACCUUUUGCAAUUGGUGUAACUUUAAGUAACUUUAGUGUUCAUACGACCGACGCCAACUGGCAAAAAACUUUGAUUUCUCAGUCCAUGACCGAGAUAUAUAAAGUUGCACAACUUGAAUCCCUUGCGGUUUACAUGAACUGUGAUUGCAAGCUUUUUCAAGAGUUCACACAAGAUAAUUACCAUUUGAUGUUCAAAGAAUCAAUUGCAUCAAAGACAACUAAACCAAACGACUAUGAUUUCAUUCUCGGUCCAAUAACAUCAGAAGCACGUUUAAAGAUGAAUCCUGAUCCUGAAUCAAAUGAAAUUCCCUUUAGCAUUCCUAAAAUUAUUCUCAACUUAAUGAUGGAGAAAUUAGCACUUGGGUUGACCAAGACACAAUAUCAAGACGCGAUGCAAUUGAUUGAACAGUUUGGGAGAAUGUCGCGUGCAUAUCCUUAUCGUAAAUUUCGUCCACAUGGAAUUACUUACAAGGGACAUUUCAAGGAGUGGUGGCACUUUGCAUUCCGUUGUAUUCUCGAAACGGACAUUCAAAGACGUAAAAAGAAUUGGUCAUGGGAGAAUAUGAAAGAAACACGACGUUUAUGCAAACUUUAUGCUGAUUGUUAUAAAAUGAAGUUAACAACAAAGAAGCCUACACAGCAAUUGCUUGAUGUCGUUGAUGAUUGCGAGAAGAAACUUAACAUUCAAAAUCUUGUCAUCAUUCGUCAGAAAGUUGAACUUGAAGUUGAUAAAUUGACAAAGGAAGAAGAAGAAACGAAAUCGAAAGGAUGGUUUAGUGGUUGGUGGGGUUCAAAGAAAGAUGACACGAAUGUCGAAACUGAUGACAUCAAGAAGAAGUUCCAAGCAGCGAUGACAACAGAAGAGAAGGAAAAACUUUUCAAAGCUAUCGGAUAUCAAGAGAAUUCAGUUCCAACUGAAUUACCUGAAACGUAUGUUGCACUUACGAUGCAUUUCGAAUUGAAAUGCUUAGAAAUAUCAAUAAAAUCGAAUAUUGAGAGUGAAAUUUCAUUUGAGAAUGUCAUGUUGUUGCAAUUAAAUCACGUCAAAUGUUCAAUUGAUCAGCGUCCAUCAGCACAGUCAAUCAAAUUAAAUCUCAACAUGCAAGAAUUGAUGGUUUAUGGACUUCAACAAAAACAAUAUUUACCUGUAAUGAUUCAAUCACAAAUUGAAUCAGCGAAUUCACUUCUUGAUGUUAUGUUUGAAAGUAAUCCAAUUGAUAAGCUUUGUGAUCAACGUGUUAAAGUUAAAUCGCAACCAAUUCAAAUUGUUUACAAUGGUGAAACAGUCAUUCAACUUUUAAAAGUUUUUCAAACACAAAAAACAGCAACAUUGUCGCAAUUACAAGAUGCAGCAGCUGAGAAGCUUGUUGGAAUUAAAGAAAGAUCAGCGACUGGUCUUCAAUAUGCAAUUUCAAGUCAUCCACGACUAGAGGUUGACAUUGCUUUUGCUCCCAGUUACUUUCUCAUUCCAAAAGGUGGAAAAUAUACGAAAAAUGAGUCGGUUGUUGUUGUUAGUUUAGGUGAAUUGGUGCUUAAAACGGAACCACGACCAAUAACUCAAUCAAUCGUUCGAACAAUGCACAAUGAAGGUGCAAACAGCGAUGAAAUCCUACAAGAAUUAAUCUCCCAAAGUUACGAUAAAUUUCAAUUUGAAAUUCAUAAUAUUCAAGUUCUUGUAGCGAAAGCAAAGGAAAAUUGGGAAGAAGCGAUAACAAUUGGACGUGGAACGCCAAUGCAUAUUUUAGAGCCAACAUUUAUGAAACUUUCAGCUGCACUUUCAGUCAUCACUGACGAUCCUCGCUUGCCAAAAUGUAAAAUUGGUUGUGAACUUCCUUCAAUCAGCAUCAGCGUGACUGAAGAUCGUGUUCUUGAUGUCUUGUCAAUUAUUACGACCCUUCCAAUGCCUGAAAGUGAAGAAGUUGUUGUCAUAAAGCCACUAUCAAAAGAACAAAACAUCAUCGGAUCGAGUUUGUCACUUCUUAAGUUCUUGGACGAGAAACAACAGAAAUUACAGAAGCGACUUGAUCCACCACCUGAUAUUCAAGAUUCGGUCGAUGGUGUCGUACAAUUCACGGAAGUUGAAGCUUAUUUCGUGUUGGAAGAAAUUGUCUUGACGAUUUGCAAGUCGAGAGAUGCUGAAAAAGUUGCUGUUGAAGAAGAAAAUUCAUCUGAUGAUGAAUUUGGAACACCAAGUGAAGAGUUUGUUGAUUCACAAAGUAAACAAUUAAAUGUCGUGUCACCGUCUUACAAAAGUGUCACAUUUGAAACACCUUCAAGAUCGCCAGAAAAAAAUCUAGAAAAGAUGCUUUGCGUGAAAGUAAAGAAAUUGGAAAUGACCGCAGCACAACGAACUUAUGAACUUAAAGUUGAUUUAAAACUUGGUGCUGUCUCAUUCGAUCAAUUUAGAAUGAAGAAUGAAAUCGAAUCAAGACUUCCAGUUAUUAAUACACCACGAUAUGAUUCAGGAUUUGAAUAUUUAUUUACUUUAAGUUACACAAAUUGCAAGAAAACAUCACCAGAAUUUAACACGAAAUAUCAUUCAGUUGAACAACUCAUCGAGAUAAAAAUGUCAACAGUUGUUCUUCUUCUGAAUCAAGAUGGAAUCAGUGAAUUGAUUCAAAUUGCAAAUGGAAUUCAAACAAAAGUUGAUAAAAUUGUGAGUGCUAAUCAGAAGCCGAAAGAUCGCAUGGCUGAUGCUGCAGCGCCGUCGUCAUUCCUUGAAGCUGCUAAGGAGAAGUUGCCGAUGAUUCUAGAAGAAGGGGAAGAAAGCUCCACAGCAGUAACAUCCAGCAAACCGCGCCACCAUAAAUCCAAAAUUGUAGAUUCAAUCAAGUUGAAAGUUCUCGCAAAGAUGGAAGAUGUAACAGUAAAGUUGGAAAACGAUGUUCGUGAAAUUACAGCGCUUGAGGUGAGAAAUUUGACGGCGGGAGUCACAAUGAAAACAUCUUACACUGAAGUGACAUUGAAACUUGAAGACAUCAUUGUCACCGAUCUAAAUCCUCGAACCAUUCAUUCGAAGAUUCUUUCGAUUAUUGGCGGCGAUGCAAUGACUGCACAAUUUGUUAUGUUCAAUUUAGAGGAAACGUCUGAAUAUAAUUCAGAUAACAUGAAGAUUAAUGUGACGAUGGGAUGUGCGAAAAUCAUUUUCAUGAAUUGGUUUGUCACGUCAGUUCUCAACUUCUUGGAUCAUUUCCAAACGGCACAAGAUCGAAUCAAAGAAGCGUCGAAAGCAGCUGCCGAAGCAGCGAAACAAAAUGUGGUUGCUGCUUAUGAACAAGCGACACGAGUCAAAAUGAACAUUAAGAUUAAAGCGCCGAUUAUUCUUGUUCCGGUUCAUUCACGUAGUCUCGAAGCGAUUGUCAUCGAUUUGGGUAACUUAAAGAUAUCAAAUUUAAUUUCUAAUUUGGAUGUUAAAAGCGAACAUGGACCGGCGGUAAUUGACGAGAUGAAAGUUGAGUUGAGUGAUGUUAAACUAUCAAAAGUUCAACUACACGAGCAAGAUGGGUUAAGUGAGCCAUCAGACAAAACAAGUGUUGUCUUGUCAUCUCGAUUUAUAUCUUCUGAACUUGUAUACGAAAUCGAUCCCAAGGAUUACGUGCUGCAACCUACAAGCUUCGCUUUAUUAAUAAAAAGAAAUCUAUCAUCGGGAUGGUACAAGGAUCAUCCACAAAUGGAAAUCACCGGACGUCUUCAUUCCAUUGAACUCAAUGUUAUCGCACAAGACUACAAAGUCAUCAUGCAGAUUCUUGAGAAGAACAUGACUGAAGGACAAAACGAGUUUAAGAAGCCGAAAAAGCCUCGCCCAGUUCAACCAGUUGGAGAACCGACAAAAGUUGUUGCUGACAUCGACGAUGAAGAGGCAAAACGACAAUGGCAGAAGACGCAAGACAAGCUUCUUGAGUCGAAAAAACCUUUUGGACUGGACAUUUCAGUGCUGAAAAAGUCGCCUUCGGAAGAAAAGAAAAUCAUCGAAAUCGCCAUGAAGUUUGCGUUUCAAAUUGACUCAUUUAUAAUGAAUUUGUAUUCAGCUCCAAACGAAGGUCUAGCAUGCUUCGCACUUUACUACCUCUCUUUAAAUGGACAAAAUCUCGUCGAUGGAUCAAUGAGCACGUCAAUCAUUCUUUGUGACGUUAAUUUAGAUGACACUCGACCAAAUAGCAAAGGAAAAAUCACAAGAUUUAUGGAACGUAGGGAACGUGGAUCGUCUAAUGAGCCUAGCACGUCAAACGCAUCAUCAACAGAUUCAAAAUCAAUGAUUGAUGUUACUUUCCGAAUGAAGGAAAACGAUAUGUUUGCUGACGUCAAAGUCUUCAGCUUUAAUUUAAUUCUCUCAAUGGAUUUCCUAAUGAAGCUUUCAGCUUUCCUUAAUCCCGAUGGAAGCAGCGCAACACCAAACACCGUCGACAUUGCCCUCGAAGCACCGAAAGAAGUUGAAACAAAACGAAGAAAAUCAAGCGUUUCUGGAACUCAAGCAGCCAGCAACGAGAAAAUGAUUACACUUGCACUUCACAUUGAAGAGUACGACGUGAUUCUCGUCGAGAAGAUGGAUGAUAUUAACUGUCUUGCAUUGAUAUUAAAUAAUGAAAUCUCAGCAAAAGUUCGUCUUCAUGGUGAAAAGCAAAUAAUUCAAGGUGAAAUCAAGAACUUUAGUUUAUAUCUCAGCGAAUUUAAUCCGGAACGUCGCAAUCAUACGAAGCAUUAUGUGCUUCAUCCAUGUUCAAUAAGCUUGAGCGGUUCGACGCCAGAAGAUAAAGGCCUUCACGUUAGUUUGAAUGUGUCAAAGAUAAAGAUUUGUGUGUCGCCAGCAUCAAUUGAGUUGAUGAAUAAAAUUGUCGCGACAAUGACGCUUCAAGAAAACGAGAAGACAAAUGUGACAAAUGAUCCCAUUGACUACAGUGACUUAUGGAUGGCGAAACAAUUCGAUGAUGACGAUUUUUGGUUUAUUAAAGUCGACGAAUGUUGGGAUGCUUUAAGUGUCGAUUCAUUGGUAAUUGAGCCGAUAGGAAAAGAAGAGAAAUGUGUGAUUGAAGUGCCAUCAAUUGCAAUAAUCAUCGAGAAUGGCGUAGGCGUUCACACAAUUCCAAUGCUGUUCAUUGAGACGAGUAUGGAUGCACAAAUCUCUAAUUGGAGCUCAGAAAUGGGAGUUAACAGUACUUUGCGACUAACAAUGUCUUAUUAUAACAACGUUCUUGCUUUAUGGGAGCCGCUUAUCGAACCCGUUGAAAUGGAUUCAUCAGUAGGGUUGAGUGAAUAUCAUCCGUGGGAGUUAAACUUUAGCAUGAGUGUUGACAAACAUCUUGACGAUCCCGAAAGGGAAGAAAAAGAUCCGACGACGUUCAUUAAAGUGAAGUCCGUUCAAACACUCGAACUUCUUGUUACAAAAACUUGUCUUGAUGUUCUUCAAACACUCGGAAAGUCAUUCUCAAAGGCGAUUGAACAGGAAGGUUUGAUAGAAUCGGGUGUUGUUGAUGCGCCUUAUGUUUUACGUAACGACACGGGACUGGAAGUUCAGUUGGAGUUGACAGGAACGGAAUUUUUAUUCCACUCAGCGAACUUUGCUGAUGAAAAGAAUGGUUUGGUUGUGUUUGAGAAUCUUGGUAUUCUCAACUCACCACCCAUCGAAAGCAUCUUGUCUUGUGUCAUCUUCCCUGGCGGAAAAGUUUAUCUUCAACCAAAGUCAGAGUCUUUGGAAUCUUUUUCACUUCUCGACGAGACGAUCAAAUCAAUGAGUCAUGGAGACAAAAUUGGACAAGAAAAGUUCAUCACAUUGUACAUUCCUGAAGUUCAAAAGCGACUUCAGUUGCCAAUCCAUCGAGCUGACAAAAGAUAUUUUCCAAUUUAUCGUGAAACAAAUCAAGAACCAUGGGGAAUCAUCAGUGAGAUUAGCAUUGAAAUGGGUUCAACAUUUGUAACUAUUCGUGGGAUUGUUCAAGUCUUCAAUCACUUUACGGUUCCAAUUUCCAUUCAUCGUUAUGUGAAUGGGCGACAAAUGGAUAUUGGAGAAAUAUUGCCAAACGAAUCGUUUAAUGUGCCACUGAAUUGUAUUCAUGAUGCAUCGAAAGAUUUGCAUUUCUCGAUAGCUGGUUAUCGGACUUCAAUUCAAGGGAUGAGUUGGAAGGAAUGUCCUGGAAACUCCACACUUGUUAAGAGUCUUCAAUGCGAUCCAGUGAAGACUUAUGAACCGCUUUACAUCAAUGCCAUUCGAGAACGAUUCGACGUCUUCUUUGAAAUCAGCAGCAAGUUCACAAUUCUUAGCGCUUGUUUUUUGAUUCGUUUACGUCCGCCUUUAUUGUUGCGAAAUGCUUUGCCAAUUGAUUUGAUUGUAUCGGUUGCUGGUUGUAGUGUGGCUAGAGAUCGUGAUCGUAAUUUAAGAGAACAAUCUGUUGACGAAGACAUGACGUCAGCACAUCAGAACACAACGGGAAUUGAAGGAGAAGAUUUCUUAGAUUAUGGCGAGAAAAUUAUUAAACCUGGCGAGUUGUUGCAUUUGCCAACAGUCAAAACAGCAGCGAAGAAUUCUGAUAAUCUCAUGUACAUUGUUGCAAGGUUAAUUCAAUAUCUUGAACGUGACUGGUCAGUGAAGACCGAAGUGCCAGCUGAUCCGCCUGAGUUUGUUGUUUGGACGUUCCAAUCUUACGAUUCAGCUGGAAAAACGUCACUUCAACUUGGUGUUCACUUUGAGAACCUCAACAAUGGUCUUACCAUGACAAUUUAUUGUCCAUUUUGGAUGCUGAACAAGACCGGCUUGAAUUUGAGUUAUCGGUGCAAAUAUACAAAUUGCUUUGGAUGUGACGAAGAAGGAUUCAAGAUUUCUCCAUGUUUUUUCCCGGAACAGGCUGAUGAGAACACCAACAUCCUUUAUCACCCACCAGAGUAUGAUGGACCGAUUUUAUUCUCAUUCCGUGAGAAAGCGUUUUUUGGUAAGAAGAAAGCAGCAAUUCGUGUUGAUUCAGGUGAAUGGUGUGAUAGAUUUUCACUUGAUGUUGCUGGUUCGAGUGGCGUUGUACAAUGUAAAUGCGAUGGAAUGACUUAUCUGAUUGGCGUUCAAAAUGUUCUCACAAACAAUUCAUUGACGAAGCAAAUCAUUUUCAUGCCAUUCUAUGUGCUUAUAAAUCGAGCACCAUUUGACAUUGAAGUUCAAGAAGAUAAAAGACCAGCUGAUCCACGUGUUCUUGUCAAAAGUAAUGAUUGUGCUCCAUUAUGGCCAAAAGCUGAAGGUGAUCGAAUGUUGAGAGUGAAAACAGUUGAUCAAGAUGAAGUCACAGCACCAUUUAAGUACGAUGACGUCCAAUGUACUUUGUUGCAACUCAAGAAUAAAUAUGGUGGAAUUAAUGUCGAUGUGCAUGUCACUGAAGGCGUUAUUUACAUUACAUUUACUGAAUAUCAUCCAGGAGACGCUCCAGGAUUGAUAAUGAAUUGCACCGAUGAAUAUGUCACGUUUUGGGAGAAAGGAAACGUCAAUGGUCGUGUACUUAAGCCAAAACAGAUGAUGUUUUACACUUGGUUUGAUCCAGCUGGUGAACGUGUCAUAACAUGGAAGAAUCAAGGAAAAGGAAAUGUUGAAAACGAUUUAAGACGUGAUGGUGUUGAUCAAUUUAUAAUUGCAUCAGAAGAAAUCGAGCAGUCAACGUCAGAUGGAAGAGGCAAGAGACGAAGCUCACAACUUGAAUCAUUUUAUUGGGUGUCGUUCCUUGAUGGAACUCAAAGAGUUCUUCUCUUCACUAAAAAUCCAUCAGUUGCUAACAGCACGCAAAGCUCCAGCCGAUUAGAUCAGGUGACUCGUGAUGUAGAGAUAAAUUUGCGUGGCUUAGGAUUGUCACUCGUCAACAAUGCCAAGGGAUGCGAUUUAAUGUACAUAGGAAUAGCAAGUUCAAAUGUAAUUUGGGAGCAAGAAAAGGGAAAACGUCACAAGCAACUUAAAAUCGAAGAAAAUCAUCAAGUUGAAGAACGUUACCAAGAAUAUCUCAGGGAUGUUGCUGUAGGUGAAGAUCAAGGCAAACAAUAUUUCAUGAAUGCCAAUGGAAUGGUUCAACUUGAUUUCGUCAAUAUGGUUAUGCAGAAGCAUACAUCACAGAGAAGAAUAAGACGAUUAUUCUAUCCUGGCUUCUGGAUGGAAAUGAAAACGUCGCCUUAUCAACUUCAACUUCAUGCGAAGAUAAAUCGUAUUCAAAUUGACAAUCAACUUCCUGAUUCAAUUUUCCCAAUAAUAUUGGCACCAAUACCGCCGCCAAAAAGUGUCGCAGCAACAACUGAACUUAAACCAUUCAUUGAAAUGUCAGUCGUUCAACGAAUCAUUCCCCAUUCAACUGUCACGCAAUACAAAUAUCUUCGUGUUCUUAUGCAAGAGUUCCAUGUUAAAGUUGAUCUUGAUUUCAUCAAUGCCAUCAUUGAAUUAAUGGAUAGUGAAACGAGUGAAGCGGAAGCAAAGAAACGAUUCGGUGAAGAUCUUGAUGUUCAAAAGCAACCAUUAUUUGCACAUGUUACUGUUCAUUCACAACAAGAACAGAAGAACUUUUACGAUAAUCUUCAUUUGGGUCCAAUAAAAGUUCACGUUUCAUUUUCGAUGGGUACAGGAAGUGAAACAGAAUCUAAAGCACUGCCAAGUAUCGUCUCAACACUUCUUCAAGGUGUCGGUGUGACACUAACAGAUGUCAAUGACGUUGUCUUCCGUUUAGCUUUCUUUGAACGUGAAUUCCAAUUUCUUACGCAACGGCAAUUGAUCUCAGAAUGUACAACACAUUAUGCGGGUCAGGCAGUAAAGCAACUUUACGUUCUCGUCCUUGGAUUGGAUGUAAUUGGAAAUCCUUACGGACUUGUUGUUGGCUUCACAAAAGGCGUUGAAGAUUUGUUUUACGAACCAUUCCAAGGAUUGAUUCAAGGACCAGGAGAGUUUGCUGAAGGUCUUGUGCUUGGUGUUCGUUCAUUGUUUGGUCAUACAGUUGGUGGUGCAGCUGGUGCUGUUUCAAAGAUCACUGGAGCUAUGGGCAAAGGAAUUGCAGCAUUAACAUUCGAUAAAGAUUAUCAAAAGAAGCGACAAACAGCUUUAAACAAACGACCAGCAACAAUGCAAGAAGGAAUCGCUAGAAGUGGAAAAGGACUUGUGAUGGGAGUCUUUGAUGGUGUUACGGGUGUUGUUACGAAGCCUGUUCAAGGUGCAAGAACUGAAGGUGUUCAAGGAUUCUUUAAAGGAUUGGGAAAAGGUGCUGUAGGUUUAGUUGCACGUCCAACAGCUGGAAUCGUUGAUUUUGCAAGCGGAACGUUCGAUUCAGUGAAACGAGCGACAGAACUGAGUGAUGAAGAAAAGAAACUUCGGCCACCACGUUUCCUUCAUUCGGAUGGAAUCGUUCGACCAUACAGUAAACAAGAAGCUGAAGGUUACAAAAUUUUCCGCGAUGCUGACAAAGGAAAGUUUGCUAACAGCGAUGAGUUUGCUUACGCUGAGAUGAUUCUUGAUAAAGAAGUUUUAUUGGUGACAAAUCAUCGCUUGAUUUAUGUCGUAAAAAGUGAUUUAUUUGGUGGAUGGCAAUCGGAAUGGAUUCUCAAGUGGGAUGAAAUUAAUUCGAUGCGCAUCGUUGAACGUGGACUUGAAAUCACUCUCGAAGCCCCUAAACAGAAGUCAGGCUUCAGUAAAAUGUUUUCAUCUUCAGAUAAGUUGAAGAAAGUUUUGUUGAUUAACAACCGGAGACGAUGUGAGAAGCUUCUCAGUAUCAUGACGAACAUGCAUCAGAAGAAUCGCAAUUAAAACAAAACAUUUGAGUUGUAAGAAGAAAUUUAUAUUUUUGAUAAUCUAAACAAUCAAAACAAAGAAAUUUAUUUGAAAACGUAAUAAUAAUUAUUAAAGAAAAGCCUUUAACUUGCUUGAAAUACUUUUAAAAGAAACUUUUUUUCUGAGAAACUUUAAAUAUGAAAAAAUGGAAAUUUUCUCUUGAAACAUUUUAAAGUUUUCCUUUCUUGCUUAAAAAUGAUAUUUGAUAGUCGUCGUCGUUGUCGUGCCUUUCUUAAACGAAAGGACCGAAACUUAUCACUUCAAAUGGCAAUAAUAAACUGAUGAAUCUUAAAAAUGGCUUUGUCACUGCUGUUGACCAAUCAUUCAUCUGUUGUUGACGAUUUAAAUGUAAAAUUUUUGUCAUUCAUAUACUUACAAAUUUAUUUUGUAGCAAAUAUCACAUAUGAAUAUAAAUAUAUUGUUUAGUAACGUAUAUUUAGAUAAUCUAAAGCAUUGAAACCUUUUUUCCCUUCAUUUUCCCCAACACUGCAUUCUGUGUUUGUUUGUCAAGCUUCAGGAAAAAUUAAUAAAAUUUCAUUUCCCAUAUGAAUAAAAAUUCAAAA